AUGAAGCUGAACAACGAGACGGUCACCAUCGAGCUCAAGAACGGCACUACCGUCCACGGCACCAUCACCGGUGUUGACAUAAGCAUGAAUACUCAUCUGAAGACCGUAAAGCUCACAAUGAAAGGGAAGAAUCCUGUAACCCUUGAUCACAUCAGUGUGAGAGGAAACAACAUUCGGUACUACAUCCUCCCUGAUAGCUUAAACCUGGAAACGUUGCUGGUUGAGGAUACCCCCAGGGUCAAGUCUAAGAAGCCAACUACAGGUACACAGUUUUACCACAGCUGUUCUAAGGAAGCCUAUGGGUCGGGGUCGCGGACGCGGCCGUGGGCGUGGUCGGGGCCGGGGGCGCUGAGCUUUAUUGUUCCCUGCUUUGGAAGCUCGUGCAGUGCAAGUCCCUACAGCGUAACCUGCUUCCUCUGCGAGCUAUGUCGAAGAAUGUUUCUGUUCUGUUAG